UAGAGAUUCUUCUUUCACUCUUUCGUGUCUGCUCCGUGAGGCUUUGCGGCUGUGAUUGCGUGCCCUCUUGAUUGAGUACACGAUUCCCGCCCUUUUUGUGCGCACCACUUGCUGCGCCUGACAUCAGCCAAGUACGACAAACGGUUUUUUGCCCGAGACUCUCCUUUCCGCUACAAUGGCGGAGACAGAAACAGCUGUUGCGAACGACAUUGAGCCCUCAUCUGGCGGAUCGCACUCACCACCAGGUGACCAUCACGUCACGGCAACUUGGGGAUCAAAAGAUGGAAACAUAUCUAAUGCGCAGUGGAAUGACGCAGAAGCCAACAGGCUACCUGAGAAAGUAGCAGACUUGGAAAGCAAGGGCGAAAUCAGUUCUGACCACCCGCGGAAACGAAUCGUGGUUGUCGGACUAGGCAUGGUUGGCAUUGCCUUCAUUGAGAAACUCAUGAAAUACGAUGUCAAGCGGAGAGAAUACGAUAUUGUCGUUAUCGGCGAAGAGCCGCAUCUCGCAUACAACCGCGUUGGCCUGACUAGCUUUUUCCAACAUCGCAACGUCGAAAACCUGUACCUCAACCCUAGAGAAUGGUACACAGCAAUGCCAGAAGGCUCACUGAGUUACCACCUCAACACACUGGUUACUGAAAUCAACUCUGAGGACAAGCUUGUCAAGACAUCAUCAGGAGAAACUGUUUCGUAUGACAUCUUGGUUCUGGCAACAGGAUCAGAUGCGCUACUUCCCCGACACACACCUGGCCAUGACGCGCACGGUGUAUUUGUAUACCGCACAAUCGAGGAUUUGCAACGAUUGAUUCAGUUCUCUUCAACACGCAAAGGCACAACGGGCGCUGUCGUGGGCGGCGGCUUGCUGGGACUUGAGGCAGCCCAUGCGAUGAUAGAUCUUGAGGACUUUGCAAAAGUCAGGUUGAUUGAGAGAAACCGAUGGGUGCUGUCGAGACAGCUAGAUGGCGAUGCUGGCGGUAUGGUUGUCGAGCAAGUACGGGCUCUCGGUCUUGAUGUCAUGCUCAGCAAGAGGGUGGGCAAGAUAUUAACGACCGAGGAUAAUUUCGUCAAGGGCGUCGUGUUUGAGGACGGCGACGAGAUGGAGUGUUCUUGCAUCUGCUUUGCUAUUGGCAUCAAACCUCGAGACGAGCUUGCACGGAAAGCAGGCAUCAAAUGCGCUGACCGAGGAGGUGGCAUCAUUGUCGGACCCGAUCUAGAAACAUCCCAACGCGACAUCUACGCCGUUGGUGAGUGCGCAAGCUGGGAGAACCAAACGUUUGGCCUUAUUGCUCCUGGCGUCGAGAUGGCUGACGUACUCGCCUUCAAUCUAACCCAAGCGAAAGCACAUGCGCCUCGGAAAUUCAAGGCUCCAGAUCUCAGCACUAAACUCAAGUUGCUGGGUGUCGAGGUUGCCAGUUUUGGUGAUUUUUUCGCCGAUCGCGAUGGGCCAAAGAACAUGCCUGGACGCCAGCGCGCCGACAGCAAGGAGCCGAACGUGACAAGUACGAGAGAUCGGGUAAAGAAUUUGACGGAUGGCCCGGCACCACCGCCUGUCAAGGCGCUUACCUACAAGGACCCGUUUCAGCAAGUGUACAAGAAAUACCUUUUCACAAUGGACGGCAAGUAUCUGCUGGGUGGCAUGAUGAUUGGCGAUACCAAGGACUACAUCAAGCUUGUGCCCAUGGUGAAGAACCAGAAGCCGCUUGAAGUAGCCCCCAGCGAGCUCAUUGUUGGUGCUCAGAAGGGUGAAGACGAUGGCUCAGAUCUCACCGAUGACACCCAGAUCUGCUCAUGUCACAACGUCACUAAAGGUGAUGUUGUCAAUGCGACUAAAAACGGGACUUGCAAGAGCAUCGGCGACGUAAAGUCUUGCACCAAGGCGGGUACCGGUUGUGGCGGCUGCAUGCCACUUGUGCAAACCAUUUUUAACAAGACCAUGGCUUCUAUGGGAAAUGAGGUCAAGAACCAUCUCUGCCCACACUUUGAGUACUCGCGCGCCGACCUUUUCAACAUCAUCUAUGUCAAAGGGUUGAAGGACUUUGCUGCCGUAAUGAAGGAGGCUGGCAAAGAGCCAAACUCGCUGGGCUGCGAAGCCUGCAAACCGACCAUUGGCAACAUUAUUGCUUCGUUAUACAACAAGCACCUACUUGAGGUGAACAACCGAGGUCUACAAGACACCAACGAUCGAUUCCUGGCCAACAUUCAGCGCAACGGCACAUUUUCCGUUGUUCCGCGUGUUUCGGGUGGCGAAAUCACACCAGAGAAGCUCAUCGUCAUCGGAACUGUUGCGAAGAAAUACAACCUGUAUACCAAGAUCACUGGCGGCCAGCGCAUUGACAUGUUUGGUGCGCGAAAACAAGACCUUCCAGAUAUCUGGCAAGAGCUCAUCGAUGGUGGCAUGGAGUCUGGCCAUGCAUAUGCAAAGUCACUCCGAACCGUCAAGUCGUGUGUCGGAACUACUUGGUGUCGUUUUGGCAUUGGUGACAGUGUGGGUAUGGCUGUGCGUUUGGAAGAGCGUUACAAGUCUAUUCGCGGUCCCCACAAGAUCAAGGGCGGAGUGUCAGGCUGUGUACGCGAGUGCGCAGAGGCCCAGAACAAGGAUUUCGGCCUCAUCGCUACAGAAAAAGGAUUCAACAUCUUCGUUGGCGGUAACGGCGGUGCGAAGCCCAGACACUCGGAACUGCUGGCAAAGGAUGUACCACCGGAUGACGUUGUCCCCAUUCUCGAUCGUUAUCUUGCAUUUUACAUCCGCACAGCUGACAAACUGCAACGAACAGCUCGCUGGAUGGAGAAUCUCCCUGGGGGCAUCAAGUACCUGCAAGAAGUCAUUCUACAAGACAAGCUGGGCAUUUGCGCAGAUCUAGAGAAGCAGAUGGAAGAUCUUGUCGGUACCUUUUUCUGCGAAUGGACAGAGGUGCUGAAAGAUCCUAAGAAGCGAUCCUGGUUCUCUCAAUUUGCAAACACAUCGGAAACCAUUGUCGACACGAUUGAGCCUACACAAGAGCGCGGUCAGGAGCGACCUUCAUAUUGGCCAAAAGACUCCGUCACCAAGGAUUUCCGCGGAACAAAGUGGACUGAGCUAUCGUGGCAACCGCUUGUCAAAGCGGAGGAGUUCAAGGACGCCGACACGGGAGACAGCAAAGCCAUCAAACGCGGCGACACCCAACUUGCAGUCUUCAAAGUACGCGGGAAAUACUACUGCACACAGCAAAUGUGUCCGCACAAGCGCGCUUUCGUCCUGUCUGACGGCCUCAUUGGCGAUGACCUCGCAAACAACAAACUCUGGGUCUCAUGUCCCUACCACAAGCGCAACUAUGAGCUCUCUGGCGACAAUGCGGGUAAAUGCGCAAACGAUGAAUCCGUCAACAUUGCUGUUUUCCCCAUCGAGGAGAGGGAUGAUGGCUGGCUAUAUGUCAAGCUACCGAGUGUAGAGGAACUGGAUAGCGUACUGGGUACGAGUAAAUUCAAGAUUAAGAAGAGCGAGACGGAAGAUCCUUUUGUAGCUCUGGAUAAAAAGUUGCAGAGGAUGCAGCUGAAGGGCAGAAAGGGUUUGCAGGUUUCACAUCUGGAGGGAGGACUGGGGGAGAAGGGUAAAGCGGCACAGAUUUUGGCGGGAGGCGAAAGAGGUGCCGGUGGGUUGGAUUGGUAGAUGGGGCGAGUGGCGUGAGCGUGAUUGCUGCAGCGGGCUUUUCUCUGACUUGUAUAUGAUUCCCAUGAUUAGACCCAACACAAGCUUCUUUUUU